AUUAUACGGUCUAAACGUUAAAACACCUCUCUCAUCGACGUUUCAUCUACCAAAUACAACCAAACUUUCCACUCCGACGGACCACCCGAGACAGCAUCCAUUUCCGGCGGGCCGACCAGACCACGAAUCCAGAAUCCGCCGGGUCCACCGCCAUGCGCCUCAUAGUGCCUUUACAAGGCGUAGUUCAAGGCCGAGGCGGCCUUAUCUUGGGCUCUCUUAUCCCCUGCGCGCUGUUCUACUUCUUCCAGCUCUACGUUAAACGGCACCGUUCUCCUAAGUCCGGUUCGAACCAUAUUUCGCCGUCUCAGUCUUCUCCUAACCUCGCUGAGCUCCAACGCUCUUCUUCGAGGUCCAAUUUGUCGAGCCGCGGGUCCAUAGGCCGGGUCCAGGUCUCAUCUAGAGCGAGCUCGAUUGCGAAACCGAACGACUCGCCAUAUUAUAUCGGUUUGGAUAAGGUUUCGGAGGAUGCUUAUAACAGGUUCGAUAAUCCGGAUGGGGUUAUCCAGUUAGGGUUGUCGGAAAACAGACUCUGUUUUGAUUUAAUUGAGAAAUGGUUUUCGGAGAACGUGAAGGAUUCAGUAAUAGGAAGUGACGGCGGUGAUUUGAGUAUUAGUGGAAUCGCGGCGUACCAACCUUUCGAUGGAUUAAUGGAGUUAAAAGUGGCAAUGGCAGGUUUCAUGUCUCAGGUCAUGGGACCAGCAGUCUCAUUUGACCCUUCGCAGAUGGUGUUGACCUGUGGGGCUACUCCUGCUAUUGAGAUACUUUGUUUCUGUCUGGCAGACCCGGGAAAUGCAUUUCUUGUACCCACGCCUUAUUAUUCUGGCUUUGACAGGGAUAUAAGAUGGCGCACUGGAGUGGAAUUAAUACCAGUUCACUGUCGCAACACUGACAACUUCAUUAUAAGUAUCACAUCUCUUGAUCAAGCAUAUAAUCAGGCAAGAAAACGAGGAGUAAAAGUUCGUGGGAUUCUCCUCUCCAAUCCUGGCAAUCCUGUUGGCAACUUGCUACCUCGGGAAACACUUGACGAUAUUUUAUACUUUUCCCAAGAGAAGAACAUCCAUAUUAUAUCGGAUGAAAUAUAUGCUGGGUCUGUGUAUGGAACUGAGGAGCACAUAAGCAUGGCUGAACUUCUCGACUCAGAUGAUAUUGAUAAAACAAGAAUUCAUAUAGUAUAUGGUCUGUCGAAAGAUCUCUCUCUUCCUGGAUUUAGAGUUGGGGUGAUCUAUUCUUUUAAUGACACUGUUUUGGUUGCUGCUAAAAGGUUAGCAAGGUUUUCUUCAAUUUCUGCUCCAACCCAGAGGCUACUUACUUCAAUGCUUUCAGAUACCAGAUUCACCCUGACAUAUAUUAAUACCAGCAAAAAGAGGAUACAGAAAAUGCACGAUCUGUUUGUUGCAGGUUUGAAACAAUUAGGGAUCGAGUGUGCAAUGAGUAGUGCUGGUUUCUAUUGUUGGGCUAACAUGAGUAAAUUAAUUCCCUCCUAUAGUGAGAAAGGGGAACUUGAGUUAUGGGAAAUGCUGUUGAAUAUUGGUAAGAUCAAUGUAACUCCUGGGUCUGCUUUUCACUGCAUAGAACCAGGAUGGUUCAGAUGUUGUUUUACUACUUUAUCUGAAGAGGAUAUUCCUAUAGUUAUAGAAAGGAUCCGGAAAGUUGCUGAAACUUGUAAAUCUUCAAGCUGAUGUGCUGUAGAUUAUUUUAUAUUCAUUCUGACUGCCGUGGUAGAAAUCGCUUUUUCAAUAGUUCUUACAUGGAUAGCUUCUUACCAAAGUCGGUUACAAGUUUGAGUUCAGCUGCCUUCGAGUUCUCAUUGAGUUUGAGAAUUUAAUACAUUGCAGAUUUAGUAAAUUUUUUCAUACUGUCUAGUCCCAGAAAUGGGAACUAUGAUGAAUUGGAAGAGAAACUGAAUGGAGGGAACUAACUGCAGAGAUGUUGGGCCACGAGGCAGAUUGAAUUAUUGUCUAUAUCAGUUUCAGUCUUGGCAAGUGCUUCCUUUUCUUAUACAAUCCUUCAAAUCAACUUGCCAGAUUUGAAAAUGCAGCAUCUGAAAGCACUGUUCUUCGUCAAUUCCUGUCUUGGUUGUAUUCAGACGAGAAUAGAAGUUUGUCUUCACAUUCCUUAUGCAACUAGAGAUAAAGAAUAUUUGUUUUUGACAUUUUGUAUAUUGUGGGGCCAAAUGAAAUCAGCUACAUGUGUAGUUUUGCUCU